UUGGAUUGAUGCACCAACGGUGCUGCUGGCAACAGUGUCCCCGAGGUGGAGGGGACCAGGCGCGGGCUAGGGGAGAGGAGGACGGGCCCCCGAUCCAGAGCAGCGUGACAGUAGCAGAGACGAUGAGAAGGGCGAUUUCGAGCUUGGCCUGAAGGAGGGGCCCUCCCUUGGGCGCGGUAAGAGACUCAUUCAGUGACAACUUAUUGACCGUCUGAUGGAUCCAGGGCACUCUGCCAGAUAAAGGCGGGGCAAAAGAAAGUGUAACCAGUAAAGUCUCAAUUUACUUUGAAAGGAAUGUGAUGUUAAUUCUGGGGCAUUGAUGUUUUACCAUGCCUGAUCAAGACAAAAAAGUGAAGACCACAGAAAAAUCAACCGAUAAAAAACAACAAGGAAUCAUCACGAGGGACUAUUCAGAUCUUAAAAGACUUCUGUGCCUUUUGAACGUUCAGUCAAGCAAACAACAGCUUCCAGCCAUUAACUUCGAUAGUGCCAGAAGCAGCAUGACGAAAUCUGAGCCUGCCAGGGCGGGUGGACACAGAGCUCGAGGUCAGUGGCACGAGUCCACAGAAGCCAUUGAACUUGAAAAUUUUAGUAUAAACUACAAGAAUGAGAGAAAUUUCAGCACACAUCCCCAGCAUAAACUAUUUCAGGAGAUUUUUACAGCCUUGGUGAAAAAUAGACUCAUAUGCAGAGAGUGGGUUGAUCGAGCCCCAUCUCUUCAUUUUCUGAGAGUAUUAAUUUGUCUGAGACUUCUAAUGAGGGAUCCAUGUUAUCAGGAAAUGCUCCAUAGCUUGGGUGGGAUUGAAAACCUAGCUCAGUACAUGGAGAUCGUGGCCCACGGGUACCUCGGCUCCGGGGAGGCGCAGCACAGCGUGGACAAGCUGGUCAACAUGACGUAUAUUUUUCAAAAACUUGCUGCUGUCAAAGACCAAAGAGAAUGGGUCACCACAAGCGGAGCCCACAAGACAUUAGUAAAUUUACUCAGUGCCCGAGAUACUAAUGUUCUGUUGGGUGCCCUUCUGGCUCUGGCUAGUUUAGCUGAAAGUCCAGAAUGUAGGGAGAAAAUAAGUGAACUCAACAUUGUAGAAAAUCUGCUGAUGAUUUUACAUGAAUAUGACUUGCUUUCCAAAAGGCUGACAGCUGAGCUGCUGCGCCUGCUCUGUGCCGAGCGCCAGGUGAGAGAGCAGGUGAAGCUCUACGAGGGGGUCCCCAUCCUCCUCAGCUUGCUGCACUCAGACCACCUACAGCUGCUGUGGAGCGUCGUCUGGAUCCUGGUUCAGGUUUGUGAGGACCCUGAGACCAGUGUGGAAAUUCGCAUUUGGGGAGGCAUCAAGCAGAUUCUUCAUAUUUUACGAGGGGACAGAAAUUUUGUUUCUGAUCAUUCCUCCAUUGGAAGCCUGUCUAGUGCCAAUGCGGCAGGCCGAAUCCAGCAGCUUCAUUUGUCAGAAGAUUUAAGCCCUCGGGAAAUACAAGAAAAUACUUUCUCUCUUCAAGCAGCCUGCUGUGCGGCCCUCACGGAACUGGUGCUUGACGACACCAACGCCCAUCAGGUGGUUCAGGAAAAUGGUAUAUAUACAAUAGCAAAAUUAAUUUUACGAAAUAAACAAAAGAAUGCAGCAAAAACUAAUCUAUUACAGUGUUAUGCGUUCAGAGCCUUGAGGUUUCUCUUCAGUAUGGAAAGAAACAGACCACUCUUUAAAAGACUUUUCCCCACCGACUUGUUUGAGAUCUUCAUUGACAUAGGACAUUAUGUUCGUGAUAUCAGUGCUUAUGAAGAAUUAGUAUCAAAGUUGAAUUUAUUAGUGGAGGAUGAACUGAAGCAAAUUGCUGAAAAUAUUGAAAGCAUUAAUCAGAAUAAAGCUCCUUCGAAAUAUAUAGGCAACUAUGCAGUUUUGGAUCAUCUUGGAAGUGGAGCUUUUGGCUGUGUUUACAAGGUUAGAAAGCGUAGUGGUCAAAAUCUUUUAGCAAUGAAAGAAGUCAAUUUACAUAACCCAGCAUUUGGAAAGGAUAAAAAAGAUCGAGACAGCAGUGUAAGGAAUAUUGUUUCUGAAUUAACCAUAAUUAAAGAGCAGCUUUAUCAUCCCAAUGUUGUACGCUAUUACAAAACAUUUCUGGAAAAUGAUAGGUUGUAUAUAGUUAUGGAGCUUAUAGAAGGGGCCCCUCUUGGAGAGCAUUUCAGUUCUUUGAAGGAAAAACAACAUCAUUUUGCUGAAGAGAGACUAUGGAAAAUAUUUAUACAGCUGUGCCUAGCUCUUCGGUACUUACAUAAGGAGAAGAGGAUCAUCCAUAGAGACCUGACGCCAAACAACAUUAUGUUGGGGGAUAAGGACAGAGUAACAGUUACUGACUUUGGCCUGGCAAAGCAAAAACAAGAAAGCAGUAAACUUACAUCUGUUGUAGGAACAAUUCUGUAUUCCUGCCCUGAGGUGCUGAAGAGUGAGCCGUAUGGGGAGAAGGCUGAUGUCUGGGCAGCAGGCUGCAUCCUUUAUCAGAUGGCGACUCUGAAUCCUCCCUUCUACAGCACAAACAUGCUCUCCCUGGCCACAAAAAUAGUGGAGGCAGUAUAUGAACCAGUGCCAGAAGGCAUCUAUUCUGAAAAGGUGACCACUAUCAUCAGCAGAUGCCUCACUCCUGAUGCAGAAACCCGCCCAGAUAUUGUAGAAGUCAGCUCCAUGAUAUCAGAUGUCAUGAUGAAGUAUGUAGAUAACUUAUCCGCAUCCCAGCUGGCCUUGGAGAAGAAGCUGGAACGGGAACGGAGACGCACACAGAGGUAUUUUAUGGAAGCCAACCGGAACACAGUCAUGUGUCAGCGCGAGCCGGCUCUGCUCUCUCAAGAAUCCUUUGAGAAGGCAAGCUUGAGUAGAAGCAGCAGUGGAGCAGGAAGCCUGAAAAGUGAGCUUUCAGAAAGCACAGACCUGCCGCCUGAGGGCUACCAUGCCCCCUGUGAUAAGGACGAAGACCGAGCCUGUGCUGGAAUCUUGUCAGAUGAUAACUUCAACUUGGAAAAUAUUGAGAAAGAUAUAUAUUCAGAGUUCGACGAUGAAUUGGACACUUUGGAUAACUCCAGCAGCUCCAGUUCAAACCCUUUGAAGGAAUCUACAUUCAUCACUUUAAAGAGAAGUUUUAGUGCUUCAGGAGGAGAAAGACAAUCCCAAACAAGAGACUUCACUGGUGGAAUAGGAUCAAGACCAAGGCCAGCUUUGCUGCCUCUUGACCUGCUUCUGAAAGUGCCACCCCUCAUGCUCAGGGCCCACGUUAAGGAGCUAGAGGCCGAGUUAGUGAUGGGGUGGCAGUCCCAUAGCCUUCCCACUGUGAUACUUCGCAAUCUCAAAGACCAUGCAUCUGCAGGAAUUGCUGUGUCCCAGAGGAAAGUACGUCAGAUCAGUGAUCCUAUUCAGCAGAUCUUAAUCCAGCUGCACAAAAUCAUCUACAUCACUCAGCUUCCUCCAGCUUUGCACCACAAUUUGAAAAGAAGGGUUAUAGAGAGAUUCAAGAAAUCCCUCUUCAGCCAGCAGAGUAACCCUUGUAAUUUGAAAUCUGAAAUUAAAAAGUUAUCUCAGGGAUCUCUAGAACCAAUUGAGCCCAACUUUUUCACAGCAGAUUACCAUUUAUUGCAUCAUUCAUCAGGUCGAUACAGCCUGUCCCCAAAUAACCCAACAGGUCUACCCUCCAGCUUUGAUUUGGAGCAGGGGAUAACAUAUGAACAGAUGCAGAUUGUGAUUGAAGAAGUCCUAGAGGAAAGUGGUUAUUACAAUUUUACUUCUAACAGGUAUCACUCCUAUCCAUGGGGGACCAAGAAUCACCCAACCAAAAGAUGAAAGUGCUGCAUUUUGAAUGGACUUGGUUUUCCCAGUGAAGAUCAAGUUCUGGACUUCAACCACUACUGGCAAGAUGCCCAAAGAUUGGGUGCUGCUAAAAGAGUGUGGAAGAGAAAAGACCAACAUGCCAUGGUGCCUGCAGGACCUCUUUCUGGAGGUCCGGUGCUAAGAGGCUUCAUCCUUGGGACACAUGUAUACAGGAUGACAGGGCUCCCAGUGUGCUCCUGGGAGAAAAUGCUGCAAAAUUCAUCUGUGAGAAGAAAACCCACUCCUUGCAGAACUUUCCUCCAAGUUAAAAAAAAAAAAACUUGUCAUAUUUUUCAAAGGAAUCUGCUUAGAAUUGCUGAAACUAUGUUUAAAGGCAUCUAGCCUUCUAUGUAUAAAAGAUAGUUUUAGAUAAAGAAAAUUAUAGAACUCAGAACAGUAAUAUAUUGGGUGAUUCACUGUAUCCCUCAAUUUUUUUAAUCUUAAAAGAAAUUCAGAAUAUGUGACCGAAUUAUUUUGUAGUUUUAUUUGUUUGUUUUAAUGAAAGAACUGGUUUUCUCUUAACCAGUUGGGUACUAGUGGUCUUGAACAGUAUUUGUAUCCUUGCACAGCCUCUGGGAAUAACUGUCAAAUUGUCAGAUUUAAGCUAAGAAUGUAUUGAUGUAUAGUUUGUGUAUAUGUAUAUAUGCAUAGGGGGAGGAGGGAGGUUUUGAUUAGGCUAAUGCUUUGCUGCUAAUCAAACUCAUAGUGUUUUUAGGGCACUUUGAAGAGUCAUAGAGUCUAUGAAAGAGAUGCAAUAUUCCAUAUUCUAAGUCCCUCCUAACUGAAAUUACCAACAUUGCUUUUAAAUUUUUAUUAUUUGAGAAUUUGAAAUGAAAAUAAGUUAUAUAAUAAAAUAUAAAUGUCUUCUUUAUUCAUUGAAACGUCUCUAGAAAAGAGAACUCAGAACACCAAAACAGUGUCCCAUUCCUGUGUGGGGAUAAUUUAUGGUGAAAAUUCUCUAGAUUCUUAUUGGGCUAAAAUCUCUUCAACUGGCUUCUUAUAACUGGUAUAAUGUCAAGAAAUUAUUGCCAAAUCAGACUGCACUUCUAACUACUUAAAGAAGAUUUUAAAUCUAUAUAAUUAGUAAUCUGAAAGCUGAAAUUAUGCUUUUUAUUUACUUCUCACUAAGUUCUAUCUUAUUUACAUUGAUAUAUUUUUAGUAUGAUCAAAUAAAAUUUAGUACAGUGGUUGAAACACAAUAAUCUUUUCUAUAGUAUGGAAAAAUCUCUUAAUGUGAAUCCAUACUAUUUUUACAAUCAGUAUGUUUAGUACUUAAGUUAUAUCCUAUUCUCUUUAACCCAUGCCUUUGAAAAUUACCAGUGAAUCCUUGUCUUUAAGCCAAAUUAAUAAUUACAAACACACUGUAAUUUAAAGUAAUAGAUGAGAAUACAGCAAUGAAAUUUUUCAAUUUUAGCUUUCAACCAAAUUCAUCCACAUGUGAAAUUUACACGUGAAGUCAAAAGGCUAUGAUAUUGUUGAUUUAAACCACGAAAAAUUCUAUUUCUAUUCCAGCUUAACUUGAACCUGCACGAUUAUAUUUUAUCUCUUUUCAUGUAUGGAAUGGGCAUAUGUCUUUAUUGUACAGGAGGCACAGGCCUAGAGGGGCACAAAUUUUCAUUGUGAUAGAAGCCAGUACUUAGAAACAAACCAAGCUAUAGGGUGAAAGUUUGAACCAUAAAGUUCUUCUCAAAUGGUGUAGAAAAGCAUAGUAUUCAGAGGUCACACCUUGGUAAGAAAAGAGAAAUUGCUUAUUUGAAGGUGUUUUUAAAUGCAUAAAAUUUUAAAUGCAUACCUUAUUGACCAGAAAGGGAGCAAAAUGUUUCCAAUUAACUCUUCUAGACCAUACAAAUGGCAUGUAUUAUGCUAGAAGUUAGUAAGAAUUAACAAAAAUAAGCAAACGAAUGUCUUUUUCAACAGCAGCUUUAGGCCCAUCAACUCUAAGCUGAUAGAUGCAUUCUUUUGCCAAAAUGAUAUAUUCUUAAACUACCACAGUCACUGAAUCAGCAUUCUCCCAGUGCAAGACCAAGACUUUAAGGGAAGGUUAGGCACUGGUAAGGGAAGCAUUUUGUGCAGGGGGUCACAUCCCAGCAAGCAGGUUAACAAGGAACCCCUUCCCCUCACAGUAAAACAAUGAUCAUUUUGUUUUGACUAUCUAAAGUGUCUUCUAGUGCAAAGAAGUUGUUACUUGAACUUAAUAGGCCUCAAUCCUUUCCUGAUUGCAUUUCAAUUUUUUCUCUUUCUUUUGUAUAAUUUUUAAAUUCUUUGUUGUGCAAUGAAAUCCCUGUGAGUUCAUCUAAUUCUAAGUCGCUGAAUAUUUGUAUGGGACAGAAUAUGGAUCAGUCUUCUCAGAUCAUUUUUGAUACACAAAAUACUUGUUGAUUUUGUUUUCACUUCCCUGGUGGUGCAGUG